UGAACAUAGCUGGAGGUGUUUCCGCCGUUUGGAUUACUUUUCUCCCCGCGACGUCAACAGACAGCCGGACAUUUUGGAUAGUUCUGCGCUCGCUCCGGGGUUGCAACAUGUCCUCCGCAGCUGCCUCCAGAAGGCAGUCGUGUUAUCUGUGCGACCUGCCCCGCAUGCCGUGGGCCAUGAUCUGGGACUUCACCGAGCCCGUGUGUCGCGGGUGCGUCAACUACGAAGGAGCCGACCGGAUCGAGUUCGUCAUUGAGACGGCCCGUCAGCUGAAGAGGGUCCACGGUUUCCAGGAGGGCCGCUCUCUGGGCCCCGGGAAGCACCACGCCGUGAAGCUGCUCCACCACUCGCCUGGGGACUCGAGCUCCCGACCUUCUCUGGACCGCUACCCGCUGUCCGAGCGGCCGCCCCGGUUGGGGCUGGAGUACCAGGCGGGCAGGCAGGUUAACGGACUGCCCGUACCCAACGACCCCCCGGAGCUGAACCGUCACAGCCCCAACCACCGCCGGACUAGCAGCGUUUCUCCCAGCCUGGGGCCUGUGGUGACCGGCCGCCCGGGUCCGGUGGGUCUGCCCGGGGCUCAGGCCGGGCCUGUCCUCGGGGAGCUCCAUGGGAGUAAACACAGGCCGGACAGCCUGUCGGACCUACCGGACAACAAGGACUGGAUGAGCCGGGGCAGAACCGUCCGGGACCUGAUGGCGCUGCAGGCGUUUGACGGCAGGUUUAAGAAGGAGGCCAUGAUGCAGCGGGUCCUGGGGUCCGAACCGAGCCCAGCUUCCACCAGAACAG